AUGUUGCAGAACCCGCUCUCCCUCUUCCUCCAGCUCUGUCUGGCUACCCUCGCCUGCGCUGCUCCUAUCGCUGACGAUACCUUCACGGCGACGCAAACCCCCUGGCAAUACGGGACUGGUGGCGGAGUCUUGGGGUUCCUAGUCUUGAUUCUCGAUAUCCUAGUCUUCAUCGAGGUCCUCAAGUCGAAUCGCCCCACCAGCAACAAGGUCCUGUGGUGCCUUGUUGUCUUCCUCUUCCCAAUUAUUGGCAUGGUCAUCUACUUCCUCUUCUCGAACCGUGCCGAGCACAACAGUGGUGGCUCUUAUGAGCCUCUGCCAUAG